AUGAGCCAACAUUUCUCCAGAUUUGGGGAUGGGAAUUUCAGUUCUUCUUCUGCUCACUGUGGCACACUGGGUGGUGGGAGACAUUCCUCUACCAUAAGCCAUGGUGAAGACCAUAGAGGAGAAGAAAGAUACAGUGGUUAUGGUUACGGCAGUAGGAGUCUCCACAACCUUGGUGGGUUUACAAAUGUUUAUACUGGUGGAGGCUACACAGGAGAAGGAAGAGGAUAUGGGAGGUGCCUGGGAUUUGGUGGUAGGAGACACCUUGAUAGGGGCUUUGGUAGAAGAGGAUAUUUUGUGGGAGCUUUUCAAGGUGGUGAAGCAGGGCUUGGUAGCAUGCGUGGAAGAAGUUCAGGCAGGGAGGUACUUGGAGGAGGCCUUGGUAGAAGUGCCUUUGGUGAACAAGGGGCUGGACGGGGUUUUGGGCAAGCUGGUGUUAGCAGAGGCAUUGAGGAGGUCCAUGUCAAUACCAACCUGCUAAGGCCAAUACAAGUGCAAGUUGACCCCGAGUUCCAGAGAGUGCGGUCAGAUGAAAAAGAGCAGAUUAAGGCUCUCAACAACAAAUUUGCGUCGUUCAUCGAUAAGGUUCAAUGUCUUGAGCGGCAGAACCAGGCUCUGAUGGCCAAAUGGGAACUUCUGCAGCAGCAAAGUGCCCGACCAGAAGAGAGCAGAAAUAUCACCUCUUUCUUCCAAUCUUACAUCAGCAACCUGCAGAGGCAGCUAGAAACGCUCCAGAACCAGAAGGAGCAGCUGGAUCCAGAAGCGUAUAAUAUGCUUCAGCUUGUUGAAGAUUAUAAAAAGAGAUUCGAGGACGAGAUCAACAAGCGCGCGUCUAAAGAAGAGGAGUUCGUGGAGCUUAAAAAGGAACUGGACAGUGCCUACAUGCAAAAAACGGAGUUUGAUGUUCGGGUGGAAAUACUGAGGCAGGAGCUUGAGUUCCUCAGAUGCUUACAUGAAGCUGAGCUGUCCCAGCUGCAAACAGUAGUUGGCAACACCAAUGUCGUUCUGUCCAUGGACAACCAUAGGGAAUUGAACAUGGAUGGCAUCAUUGAAGAAGUCAGGCAGGAGUAUGAGGCAACCGCUCAGAGAAGCAAAGCUGAAGUGGAUGCCAUGUAUCAGGGCAGGUACCAGGACCUUCAGAACAUGUGGGUAAAUCAACGUGAGCAACUGAGGAACAGUUAUAAGGAAAUCCAGGAACUUACCAGGCAGAUCCAAAGACUGCAACCAGAAAUUGAAAUUGCAAGGACAAAGAAUGCCAGCCUCCAAGAAACCAUUAAAGAUGCUGAGCAGCGUGGGAGCUCUGCUAUCAAGGAUGGCCAGGAAAAGCUUCAGGAGUUGGAAAAUACCCUGCAGCAGGCCAAAGAUGAUCUGGCUCGCCUUCUUCAUGAUUAUCAGGAGCUCCUGAAUGUGAAAUUGGCCCUGGAUAUUGAAAUUGCCAUGUAUAGAUCACUUCUUGAGGAGGAGGAGACCAGGUAG